GUAGGCCUUGCACUGGGUGACGCCUGUGGCGCACCGUUAGAAUUCUGCGCUGUCGACUCGCGCCUCCCAGAUACGCCGGAGGGCGACUUCUCGGACGCCCGACGGCCUUGCCUCACAGAGCGGCUGGACGAGUCCGGACAGCUAAACUACAAGAAUGCUCGGAACAAGUUCGAUCUCAAGCUGG